UCAUGAUAGCAACGCACGCGGUCCUCAUCGGAAACCCAGAGACUCAUUAACGACGAAUAAUUGGUUUGAAAGAGGUGUCAGUGGCGACUGUUACUUCUGUGGCCCCUCGGUCGGUGGUGAUCCGAGACAGUGUUUGUGGCUUUGUGUGCGGUGAUUCCGGAGAACAUAAAUCAGAAAUUUAAUCAAUCUCACGUGCCGACUUGCAGUUUCCCACAGUUUCGACGUUAUUUUGGAGUGAUUAAGUAUACGCCAGCUUCGCACAACUUCGCGACCGGAAGCGGAAGUUGCCAGGCCGGAAGUCUUGCUGCUUGUUGCUGUCCUCCUCAUCGCCGCUUGCCUUUGAAAUGGUAAUGGCCAACGUGAAGGUGUUGCUACAGCACUGAGCUCGCAGCGGAAAUCGAGGAAGUGUUUUAUCUUACAAUGCCCCGUCUCUGGCCUAAGCUCACGAAUCCGGCAUAAUGCAGCGCUAAGGCCAAGGGAACAAACAAAUUUAGGCAUUCCUCCACAGGGCAAACGAAGCUGAACAGUCGCAGGACGAGAGUAGUACACUGAACGACAGGCGAUUGCCAAAAAGGACGAGUCGACAGAGCGGCCAACAGCAUGGCGGACCUGGAGCGCAUACGCCUUGUCCUUUUGGGCGGCGCCGGCGUGGGCAAGAGCUCCAUUGUGAAGCGCUUCCUGUUCAAGACCUACACGGACAAAUAUCGCGCCACCGUCGAGGACCUCUACAAUCGCGAGUACGACCUGGGGGGCGUCACACUAAAGGUGGACAUUUUGGACACGUCCGGUGACAUGCAAUUCCCUGCCAUGCGGCGCUUGUCCAUCGCCACCGCGCACGCGUUCAUGCUCGUCUACGCCGCCACAUCGGCGCCAAGCUUCCAGUGUGUGAAGCAGUGCUUCGAGGAGAUCCGGGAACAACGCGGAGACUUUCAGGACAUCCCCAUCGUGAUCGCCGGGAACAAGGCCGACUUGGCCACCACCCAUAGAGAGGUCAAGCUGGAGGAGGUGACCGACUGGGUGUUCUGCGAGCUGCCGCGCUUACGGGCGAAAGUACUGGAGUGCUCGGCGAAGGAGGACAGCAAUGUGACCGACCUGUUCAAAUCCCUGCUCUCCCUGUCCCGCUUCCUGCCCGCCAGCAGUAGUGGGAGCGGGGGCAGCGGGGGCGGCGGCGAGGCGGCUCCCAGCGGUUUCAAGCGCCGUUCAUCGGCCUACGUCAGCGCGUCGUCCAGUCGCAAUAAAAAUCGCAUGAACAGCCCGGCCCUGGGAGGCGCCGGCGGCAGUGGCGACAAGAAGGGCUCCAACCUGGUGGACGCCGUCGAUGUGGCCAGCACCAGUGCGGAGGCCAAGCUGAAACCGCGCUCCAGAUCACUCAUACGUCGCGCCUCACGCAAGACCAAGCAGCAAAUCAACAACGCAUCGGACGACUGCAAUGUGCAGUAAACUAUUAUUUUGGCCGGCAGCGCUGCGCUUAAUUAUGUUAUUAUGUGUUGCCACAAUAUGUAUUAAUAAUGGACGCCAGUUAAUUAGCACGCAUAAACAAGUAGAGCGGUAUUUAUGUUCGGUGCAAUGAGCUGAUUAAUCAGAUAAUAUAAAACCCACAACAACCUACUUGCUCAAGGGUGAAAAAAGCCAGCCCGGUAUUCACUUUUCUAAUUUAUUGCAUACCAGUGUGUAUCGAACCAACUUAAACACAAAAAAGUAACUAGAGCUUCAAAAUAAUGCCGUGAUGCAAUGGUUUAAGCUACUGUAACUCAUUAAAAUACAUUUUUUUUAAUUUUCGUAGUUUUAAAGACUUAAAGAAAUAACUAGUUCAGUUUAACCAUUCUUCAAACUUACUUAUUUUGAAUCUAUUGUUUUCAGUGUACAACAUUUAAGGAUUUGCGAAGAUAUUAUGCACAUAAAUCGAUUUGAGUUCCGGUCAUUACUGCUUUAAGGGACCAGCUUUAUUUCAAUUUAAAAUUAAAUUUUAUUCGACAAAGAAUAGCCAUUUCAAUUUUCAUAAAUUUUAGUAUAGUCUUUGGCUAUGCAAUUUGAAUUUAAUUGAGAGAUAAGCAGAGAGAAAGGGAUGAGAUUUUGAAGAAUCGUUAUGCCGUUCAAAGAGUUCCUUUUUGAUGAGAAAUUAAUGGCACAGUUGUUGUUGUUUGUUCAUGUUACUGUCGUAAGGGAAGGGCGAGGGGGUUUUUGAUUAAGGACUAAGUUUAACACGUUUUCCACUGAUGGAUUGUCAUAAUAUUAUGAUAGGUUGCAUAGCUUUAAGGUAAAUUGUAGAAUGCUAAUUUAUAAAGCUCUAUCUGCACCCUUAGCUGACACCAUGGUUAAUAUAACAACGUUCCGUAUACAAAUAAGAAUAACAAUCUUGAUGGAUGGGCCAGAGUGCUUAUUUUUGCUUUGAGUCGAGCUCGCUCGGAUUGAAUCAAAAGUAAAUCAGGAAAUGGAAUCUCAGCGACUGGAUGAACCGGUACUCAAGGCAAAUUUUGGAAGAAUAAAGCAAAUUUGCGGCAUUCUCCUUUAGCUCCAGCCACGUGAAAUAACAAAAAACUUUAACGGAGAGCACAAAACAAUUUACUAUGCAAAAAACGUAAUUGUAAAAUGAAUUUGAUGAGCCGGGAAACAGGGAAAACCUCGAAUUGCUUAUCAAGGAUAAUACAGGGUGAACUUCUUAUGCUAAAUUGCCAAAUCAAAUUGCCCACAAUGCACAUCAAGCUCACAGGAAGUCUGUGAGGAGAUUUAUGGUAGAGAAUAAAAUCGAUAAAUCUUUUUUUAAUUCGCAACUUUUGCAUGCGACUUGUUUUCUCCUUUGACACAAGUUACUGUGUGUGAUAAGAAUCAUUUGUGUUUGUUUACCGGAAUGUGCUUAGCAAGUAAGAAUUAUUUAAAAGACUACUUUUAGGCAGUACUGAGUAUGAAAGAAAUAUUUAAAGGACAUGUAAAUGGAUGAAAUACGGCAUAUGCAAAGUGAAUUGUGAUUAAACCAAAUACAACUAAACAAAUGUGUGUACAACUGAAGAAAAGUUGCAGUAAUUUCAGUUACGACAUUAAAAGUACUAUAAGGAAAUGGAAAAUGGCGCAGAUAAAAAUAGGAUUGUUGCUUUUGUCCAGAGAGUAUUGACAGGCCAGACCUAGUUAUACAUAUAUAGUAUACAGCAUUAUGCAUAAAUGUAUUCAAACCAGUUUGGAUGUUUGUUUUAUAAGUAAUACGUUUAUACAUUGUUACUAGGUGUAGUUAAUUGACAACAAAUCUAAAGAGCCCGACCCGUGUUUGAUCUCUAAUCAACUACUAUAAUCGUAACUUAUAUCGUAACUUCAACCAAUGGGAACACAAGAAUGAGGAGGCAUUAUAUCACAGUAUAUCAGCUGACUUAUCCAACUUACCCGAUUUUAAAAUACAUAUUUGUGUACGUAAUUCGAUUGUUCUACCAAAUGGAAGGAAUCAAGCCACAAAAAAUGGAACCGUUAUUUACCUACUCUACAGAAUCGAAAGAUUGUAACCUUAAAAUAGUCACAAGAAACCCAAAUUAAUUCUCUAAGUGUGCGUAUGUGUGUCAUGUACUUGUAAACUAAUUGAAUUUCAAUUCAAAUUGAAUUAUUGACAAUUGUGUUAGCCAGUUAAAAUAAACCACAAUGCGUCCCAGGCACGGGUGUACAAUGUUUGAUUCCGUUGCAUAAUGCAUUUCAUUUCAUUCCAUUCCGCAUUCUGUUUCCAUCAGGGCAUCGCAUCAAGGGAUCCCGAUCCCCUGGUUUGCCUGCGUUCACCGGUGCCGGGAAAAUGGUGUAGUGGGCGAGUUCCCCUAAAUCAAUUAAAACUGGUAGCCGCCUGGAUGCAACAUUCCCCUAAACCGACCGCAGCAUCCAUUAAAAGUAACUAAUGGAAUUUCAUUCAAAUUAUAUAUUGCAUUUCCCCAUAAAUUCUGCAAUUGCGUAAAUGCCGAUUGCCGGCUUAAAGCAGCUGGGGUGCCAACACCACGGGCGAUGAUUUGAAAUUUGCAUAUGCGUUUGCGGUGGGGCAGUGGAAGUGGGAGGGUUUCACGUGGGUUUGCCGAGAAGCAAGCCGAGUUAGCAUCCACUGCAAACACAAUAAACAGCUUUUGCCUGCUCGGCCUAAUGAGUUUGCAUUAUGCGCGAUUCCGAAUGCAAUUUACAGUGGCAUUGAUUUUGCAUUAAAUUGGCUUAAGCGAUGUGUUUUUGUUUUGGUAAUAUGCGUCACU